AAGCGAGACGAGAUGAACAGCAAACGCGAAGCGACUGUGAGCAGGAAAACAAAGGAGACUGAUAUCUCCGUUACCGUGUGUUUGGAUGGACAAGGAGACAACGAUAUUUCUAGUGGAAUUGGUUUCCUCGACCACAUGCUGUGUGCUCUAUCCAAACAUUCACGUUUUGACGUGAAGCUAAAAUGCGAAGGAGAUCUACACGUCGACGAUCACCAUUCGGUAGAAGAUUGUGGCAUUGUAUUAGGUCAAGCAUUCAAAGCAGCACUUGGUGAACCCAAAGGAAUUGCAAGGUUUGGUCAUUCACUUGCACCAUUGGAUGAAGCUCUGUCACGUGCUGUCAUUGACAUAUCCGGGAGACCAUUUUCUGACCUCAAAUUAGAUCUCAAAAGAGAAAAACUAGGGACACUGUCAUGUGAAAUGAUACCACACUUUCUGUCAUCGUUUGCUACAGCUGCUUGUAUUACACUUCAUGUUGACGUGUUAAAAGGAAAGAAUGAUCACCACAAAGCAGAAUCAGCAUUCAAAGCACUCGCCAUUGCUCUUCGAGCUGCUGUGAAAAGAGAUGGAACUGACAAUGUUCCUAGCACUAAAGGAACAUUAUACUAAACUUUUA